GUCGUUUCUGAAAAUUAAAUUCCAGUUUUUGUAUGGCUGCCGCGGCGGCAGCGACUGCCUGGACCUCCGCGGGUAUUAUAUAUUUGACCAUGUGAAAUAGAGUAAGUUUGAAACUCUAGUAUCAAUACAGACUACUCUCAGUAUGGAGGCCGCACCAGUCGAAAUUUUGCAGGAGGUCGCGUCAUACCUGGACCUCUCUGACCUCCUUAGCCUUGCACUUGUAAGUCGGCGCGUGGCUUCCUGUUGUCGUCGCUCUAUUUUUCAGCAUAUUGCUGUCCUAAAUACCACGUCUUGUCUCUCGGAACUGGAGAAUCUCGUUACAUCUGGCGGUCUUUCCACGCGCCAACUUUCUGUAUACCACGGCACAUGGCCGACCUGCACACGGGACGAUUGGGCCACCCACCCUCUUCAAGUCGCUGAUGCACCCCAAAGCAUGUUUUCAAGCCAAGACAAACGGGCUACAAGCGAUGAACUUGCACAGGGAGCUUUCAACGCAUACCUCAACUUUAUCAAAGAAGAACGUCGCCGCAACAUCGAUGAUGACCAGGCGCAACUCGAACGGAUUAUGCUGCACUUGCCACCUUUGGAAAAGAUCGUAGUUUCGUCUCUCAUGAAGAAGACAGUCGGCAGACUGGGGAAGGCCAAACUUGCUGAGCUACGCCACCAAAUUCGGAUGUCACCGACGACCUUCGACUCUGUUGGAAAUCUCCUUGACAUCGUGUGUCGCCUUUUGCCUAGAUUCAAACGCAUUCAUUCUCUGCAUAUCAGAAGUCGCUUGGCAGAAUUUCCGACCAUAUGCGAGCUCGAAUGGAUUAGAGACUUAGACAUCGGUGCUUUAUUCCUCGCCACAACAGACACUCCGGCUUUCGUUGAGUUUCUACGGUCAUUUCCGAAUCUCCAGAGGCUUUCGGUAGCUGCUUACCGUCAUCACGGCUUCAUUUUUCCUUUGGAGGAUGUUCAACAGUCUCAAUUACUGCUUUUGAGGUUGGCAGGUGUCUAUGUAGCCAGACAUGCCGUUGUGGACUUUGUUCACAGGCAUACCCAGCUGAAAGCCGUAAGCCUGAAUGACGUUGCCUUAGUAAACGGGAAGUGGGAACUGAUUUUAUCGGCGCUUGGAAACAAAGCCACUUUAAUAGACUUAGUAGGAUGCACAUAAAUUGUCAAGGUUGGCUUCGCGUUUCGCAACUGCCAGUGACGACUUUGG